UACUCAUUCGAGUCAUUCGGUCGAGCAGUGACUAGUGAAGUAUAAAUUUCGAUUGUGUUAUUAAUAAAAUAGGUGAUUAAAUUCAGAAAAAUGGCUAAACCCAAAAAGGAUGAAACAUCUGAAGAAGCGAAAAAAAUCGUUGAUGAUGCAAAAAAUUUUAUAGAAAAAGCGAUUGGAGAUAUUGGUAAAACUUCCGCAACAAAGCAGCUAAUUUUAGGAACUGCGUCAGGAUGGAUAACCGGUUUCAUAACUAUGAAAAUUGGAAAACUUGCUGCUGUUGGUAUUGGCGGAGGUGUAAUUUUAUUACAUAUUGCAAGCCAAAAAGGAUAUAUUGACAUUAAUUGGGAUAAAAUCAAUAAAAAGGUCGAUAAAAUCGCAGAUAAAAUCGAAAAGGAAACUACUGGAAAAUCUCCAGAUUGGUUUGAUAAAGUUGAAAGGUUUGUGGACCGUAAAUUAGAUAAAGCUGAAGGAUUGUUAAAGAAAAAGGAACACAAGGCUAAACGUUGGUACAAUGAAAUUAUUGGAGAAGAUGAUUACCGUGCAACUGAAACACAUGUAUUUUUGGCAUCUUUUGUUGCUGGACUGGCUGUUGGACUUAUUUGUGGAAAAUAAUUACUUUAAUGGUUUAUGUAGAUAUUGUAUCUUUAGAAAAAUCUCACAUUGUUUAUUUAUAUAAUGUUUAUUAGAGUUAGUGUUUAAAAAUAAGUAUACCUUAACCGUAAAAUGUAAUUUAUUUCCACAAGUAUAAAUGUAUAAAUCCUUAUUAUAUUAUAAAAUAUUCUGAGUUAUAUGAUUAAAUAAAAUAACGUAAAUAGUAA